CAUAGACACAGCUGAUCUUUUCUUGCAUGCAAAGCAAAGCAGAGAAAAAGAGCCACUAACACGAGAAUGCCCGCCGUCGCAGCUAGGGCUGUUGUCGCCACCACCGUCCCUAAUCACGCCGCUCGCCAUGCUCUCCGAAAAGAUUCCCUUCUCGCUCCCGCCGCUGUUCUCGCCGUUGCAGCUUACCGGUAUAAGGACGUCAUCGCUGAUAGGUGUGUUAAAAGCUUAGCACCUAAGCCCUCAUCAAGCAACAAUUCAGUUGUCGUAUGUGAAUCUAACUUACCUUCCUUCCCUCGAUUAUCGUUGAGCAGGAGUUCGCAUGGAUCUCUUAAGCCUGUUCGUGUCAGUUGCUCUAAAGAAAAGAAGUUCUCACAUCUUUCUACUGCAUCAAUCUCACUUUUUGGAGAUGAGAAUGAUCUGUUGCACGGAGUCCCGAGGCUGCCUACUCGGAGAAGAUCCCCAGAGCUGUCUAGAGCAUACAAGAGCGAUUUUUUCAGGUUGCCCUUGCCAGUAAUAGCUGAGAAGCCAGAAUGGUGGUGGAGAACAUUGGCAUCUCUCCCCUAUUUGUUUGCGCUUUACAUGUCAGAUACUGGAAAUUUUAUCCAACCCUUCCUAGAGCAUUACGACUACUUUGGUUUGGUUUAUUUCGUACCUGGAGCUGUCUCAAGACUGCCAACCUACUUUCCGAUGUUUUAUUACACCAUUGCGUUAUUCCUAAUCGUGAAAAACAAUAAGGUUCCCCACUUCUUUAGGUUCCAUCUGAUGAUGGGAAUGUUGUUGGAAACAGCAUUGCAGGUGGUCUGGUAUACAAGUAACUUCUUUCCUAUCAUUCACUUUAAUGGUACAUUGGGGAUGUAUUACUGGGCAGGUGUCGGAUUUGCAUACAUGUUGAUGUUGUUGCAGUGUGUACGGUGUGCUCUUGCUGGCGCAUAUGCACAGAUCCCGUUUAUCAGCGAUGCUGCUUUAGUUCAUACCCUGUUUAAUAUCGGAGGUUUCCAACGGCCUUUCUAGUUAUAUCCUGUGGGUUUGAGUUUCUUAAAAUUGUUUGGAGACACUGAGAUGCACCAGAGUUGACAUCUUGAGAAAGCUUGACGAGGGGAAUGCAGGAAGGAGAAGAUUCAGUGUAGAAUGUUACCGACGAGCUUUAAUGUCUUUAGUUUAUAUAUAUUCAGAUAGAAUUUACAAUUACCUUUGGUUUAUUGUAAUGCUGUUUAACAAUUAGUUUACUAUAUUCUUGCUAAA